CACACACACACACAUACGCAACACUUCGUACUGCGCUUUCUGAAGGCGGAGUUGAGACCAAUAAAUUGCUCCACGAAACAACGGUGAAGUCAGUAGUAGCGCUCACUUUCACUGGAGUAAAGAGUUUUAUUUUCCUGUGUGUCUCGGGAGCCAGGAGAACUAACGACUCGUGGUAGGUGUUGUUGGAAUCAAAAUGAAGCGCCUCUUCUUGUUUUGUCUGUAUGCGCUGGUGACCCUGUACGGUCAUAAGGGCGUGCUUGCCCAGCCUCCCUCCUACGGUGAACGGGGCUCUGAUCUUGGCAUACAGGUGUUCCAGCAAGUGGUGCGCAACAAGCCCCUGGAAAAUGUGGUGCUCUCGCCUCACGGAGUGGCUUCCAUCCUCGGCAUGCUGCUGCCGGGGGCCAACGGGGAAACGCGGAAGCAAGUCCUUAAUGGGCUCCGUUACAAGAAAAAUGGCCCGUACAAGAUGCUGAGGAAGCUACACAAGAACUUGACGACCAAGUCCAACCAGGAUGUUGUGCUGAUUGCCAACGGCAUGUUCAGCCAGAAGGGUUUCCCCAUGGAGGAGAGCUUUGUGAAAACCAACAACGACAACUUUCAGUGUGAGAUGAGGGGCCUGGACUUCAGCAACCCCAAUGCUGCGGCAGAUGAAAUCAAUAAGUGGGUCAACAAUAAGACCAAAGGUCACAUCCCCAGCUUGAUCAAAGCAGACAUGCUGGAUUCUGCUCUGACCCGCCUGGUCGUUGUCAACUCCAUCUACUUCAAAGGCUUGUGGAAGUCCCGCUUCCAGCCCGAGAACACCAAGAUGAGACCUUUCACCGGGGGAGACGGGAAUGUAUACAAGGUCCCAAUGAUGUCUCAGCUGUCGAUCUUCAACAUAGGCAUUGCCACCACUCCUCAGGGUCUCAAAUACAAGGUAAUCGAGCUACCCUACCACGGGAAUGUCAUCAGCAUGCUGAUCGUCGUGCCCGUCGAAGAGGAAACGCCUCUGUCUACUCUCAUCCCACACAUCAGCACGGCCACAGUGAAGAGCUGGACUACGCUAAUGCACUCAAGGAAAGUCCGCCUCUUCAUCCCCAAGUUCACUGCAGACGCAGAGGUAGAUUUGAAAGCACCACUGUCUGCACUGGGAAUAACAGACAUGUUCGAUCAGGCCAAAGCCGACUUCAGACACCUGAGUUCUGAACCUGUGUAUGUAUCCAAGGCGCUCCAGAAAGCCAAAAUUAUUGUGAAUGAAGAUGGAACAAAAGCAGCAGCUGCCACUACUGCUAUUUUGUUGGCACGGUCCUCCCCACCAUGGGUUUCAGUGGACAGACCUUUCCUCUUCCUCAUCAGACAUAACACGACAGGUACCAUUCUCUUUAUGGGCCAGAUCAACCAGCCUUGAGGCCUGCCAACAUCACUUGGUAGCACAGGAAAUGCUUCUCCAUUGCCACGCAUGAACAAACGAGUACACACGAACACACUUUGCUGUAGACUUAUGUACAAUGUGGACAUAUGAUGUUAUUUGUUUUAAAUAUUGCUUUUUAUGUUACCCACUUUCUGUGAUGCAUAACAUGGUGUUUCGCAGACUGCGUUUUGAAGCUGUUUUAAUUUUUUUGUAUACUUUUUUUGAAUUUAUUACAUUUUUAAAUGACUUUGAAUGUCGUUUGUGUAUUUUUCUCAACUCUGGAGUAGGGUAAUCAGUUUAUUUAUCAUGUCACAGUUUCAGUUUAAAAGUUCACCUAUUCAAGACGUAUAACUCCAGUCUGUAUUUAGUUUCACUCCUCAUCUUGAAGACUUUGCACUCAUCUACUGUGUGAUGAUGAUUUCCCUGGAUGAGGAAGUCUUCUGUUUUCAUACUUGCUUCACAUUUGAAAAAAUAAAUACACAUAUUUAUAACAUCA